GUGAAUGGUUUCAAUUGAAAAGAAGCAGGUUUUAUUUGUUUUGACUUUUCUAAGAAUAUAUUUUGUAGAAAUAGAAAAUAAGAAAUUAAGUGUUGUUGUACGAUGGGAUCACUAUUUUCCAAAAGUAAAAAGCAAAGCCGUGUUUCGGAACACGAUAAGGCGGUGCUGCGACUGAAGCAACAGCGAGAUAAACUAAAGCAAUAUCAGAAGCGAAUAGAAUUGCAACUUGAAAAAGACCGAGAAUUAGCUAAGAAAUGCCUUCAAACGGGGCGUCGAGAACGAGCCAAGCUCUUACUCCGGAAGAAAAAAUUUCAGGAAACACAGUUGACCAAUGCGGAUAAGCAAUUGGAAAAUCUAGAAAAAAUGACUGCUGAUUUAGAGUUUGCUCAAGUGGAAUUACAAGUAAUUGAGGGCUUAAAACAGGGCAAUACAGCACUUAAAAAGGUGCAUGACCUCAUGGAUGUUAAUGAAAUAGAAAAGAUCAUGGAUGAAACGAGGGAAGGCGUGGAAAAGCAACAAGAAAUAGACGCCAUACUUUUGGGUGCACUUAGCCCCGAAGAUGAAGAUAAUGUAUUGGCUGAAUUGGAGGCACUCGAAGCGGAAGAGGAAGCUAGUAAGUUACCCGAGGUGCCAACGGAAAAUUUACCCGAACCAGACACGGUUGUGACGGAGGACGAUACCUCUGUUACUUCUGAUAAGGUCUCGACCAAAAAACAAAAGACCGUAUCGGAUGAACGCAAAAAGGUGCUUGUAGAAGCGUGAAUGUAAAUAAAUACAUAAGUAUUGGUAUUGAAUCCGCUUUUAUUA